UUGGAAGCUUUAAGACAAGGCUCCUCGUCAGUCCCAGAGUAUGCAGCCGCUUUUAAACAAAAGGCUGCACACACAUCAUUUUCCGACUACAACCAACGCCAGAAGUUCAGGACAGGACUUCAAGAUCGCAUCAAAGUCCAACUUGCGCAUGUGCCAUACUCGGGUAAAGACACCCUAAAGAAGUUGAUAGAGCAUGCAAUCCAAAUUGGACGCAACUUCAAAGAGUUAGAUGCAGACAAAAAAAAGACUACUUGGUGGAUCCCGAGACAAGGCCCCAAGACUCCUGAAUACAAGGCUGGUCCUAGUAAAGACAGUGACACCAUGGACAUCGACUCCGGCAGACAGAGGGGAGCUCCCAAGCCCCAAGGAAAGACUGGAUCUUUCAAAUGUUACCGCUGCGGAGAAGAAGGCCAUAUGGCAAGAAAC